AGGAUAGUUCUCGAAAUUUCCUGUACUAUUUAAUGGUACAAAAGGAUGUGAUCUGUGUUGUCUGAAACUGGAACUUCAUAUUCCUGUGUAACUAUUCCGCAUUAUCACCCACUAUAUAUGAACUUUGCCUUUAUAGUAUUUGCAUGCCAUUGUAAUUUUAAGAGUUUGGAUUUGAGUAUCCUUUGAAAAAUAGGCAUCAUCACAGAACGGAUGAUAUCAGUUUGCCAAGGAAUUGAUUAAUUGCAUCAGUCCUGAGUUGGGACACUUACACUGCAGCACGUGGCAUUAAUAUUUGAAUGAAGAUGCCACGAGGGAAGAAGAGAUCUGCAUCCGAUAUCAUGGAUGGUCAGCGAGGGACAACAAAAUCUCCACGUACCAUUUCCCAUAUGCUAUUGGAGAGUCAAGGUUUCAGCCCAAAGAAAUGCUUAAACUGGUUCAAGGAAUACACCACUGCUGAUGACCCCAAUACUUUGGAUCCAGAGGGCAUGGAGAGGUUAUGUGAGGACAUUGGUGUUGAGCCAGAGAAUGUUGUGAUGCUUGUGCUGGCCUGGAAGAUGGGUGCAAGGCAAAUGGGGUAUUUCACACAGCAAGAGUGGUUAUAUGGGCUUUCGCAGCUACAAUGUGAUAGUGCAGACAAGCUUCGAGGGAGGCUUGAAUAUUUACGUUCAUUGCUCAAUGAUGCCAUGUCUUUCAAAGCCAUCUACCGAUAUGCGUUUGACUUUGCACGGGACAAGAAUCAAAAGAGCUUAGACUUGGAGACUGGGAAGAGAAUGCUGAUGCUAGUUCUGGGCAUGCGGUGGCACUUAUACUCCAAGUUUCAGGCAUUUCUAGACCAGUCCCGCUACAAGGUAGUGAAUCGUGAUCAGUGGAACAACAUCCUGGAGUUUUCUCGUUCCAUUUUGCCUGACCUCAGCAACUAUGAUGUUGAUGGAGCCUGGCCUGUGAUGCUGGAUGAGUUUGCUGAGUGGAUGCAGCAAAGUAACAACUUUGAGGGAAGAUGAGGAAGGAAGCCAAAGAAUGAUCUUCCUAUCUAAAUGCCUGCCUUGUUUCUUCUUUUGAAAUUUCCUCAUCAUCCUUGUUUCAAGCCAAGGCAGGUUUCGUUCCAUUUUUGGUGCUGCUUCCAGUUUUCCUUCAAUGGCAUACACAGAGCAUUGCCAAAAAUGUAUUAAAUCAACAAUGUGAGCCUUCCCUUUCUGUGAUUCCCCCAUUCACCCCUGAAUGUGCAGUUCUGAGGAUAUGAACCAUAAACUACAGUUUUUUUUUCUCUUCAAUUGUGUUCCAUCAGUUGAGAGCUCUGCUUAUUUUGCCUGUUUGAGUAAAGAUUGUAAUAUUGCCACAAUAUUGAGGAUGGCUCUGCUUUCCUGGAGAUGAUUGCUGUUGAGAGAACCAGGAAUCAUGAGGGUAGCCCCCAACAUCUCAAAAUCUGAACUUCAGAGUUGAAUGGUAUGUGUGUGGGCAAAUGUUUAUAUAAUCAUUUGCAGGUCAUGCCAUAUCUGCAAAUAUAAUUCCUGCUUGUAUGGAGAUUGAAGAUUCCCAUUUAGAAGAUUUGAAGGAGCUUAAAAAGUUUUGAUGUAGAUGGAAUGAUGAGAAGUUAUCUUGGGGGUGGAUAUGAGCUUCAAAUUGCUGGAGACAACAGCCAAUAUGAACCAAAUGCAAUAAAAAAUUGAAGUCAUGUUGUCUUAAAUCAGUCUCAGAACCAGGAUGUACUUAAUUUGAU